GGGCGGGGCCGGUGCCGGCGUCGGGUGAGGUUGGGUUGCCGUGGACGAAUUGUGGGACAUUUCCUCGGCAAGAUGGCGGUGGACGCCGGGCUUGGCAACAGCUGGAGGUUCGGUUAGUGGGCGCGCAGCGGGAAUAAGCCCUGGUGCUGCCUACCCGCAUCGCUCGGCGCGGAGUGGGGCUGUUUGCCUGCUUGUGUCUCGGAUUAAAACCCCCUCGGUGAGGAGUAAGGUUGCCGAGCUCCCCCCUCCCCACAGGUUCCCCCCCCCCCACACACUCUCUCCCUAAUAAAAUGGCAACCAUGGAGAAACUGAUGAAGGCCUUCGAGUCACUCAAGUCAUUCCAGCAGGGACCGUCCAGCGAGGAGCCGGGGCAGAAACAGAAGAAAGAAUCUGCCACGACCAAAAAGGACCGUGUAACUCACUGCCUGACCAUAUGUGAAAACAUUGUUGCACAGUCUCUUCGGAACUCACCAGAAUUUCAGAAGUUGCUGGGAAUUGCAAUGGAGAUGUUUUUGCUCUGUUGUGAUGAUGCAGAGUCUGAUGUCCGAAUGGUGGCAGAUGAAUGCUUAAAUAAAAUUAUUAAGGCCCUGACUGACUCAAAUUUACCACGGUUACAACUAGAAUUAUAUAAAGAAAUUAAAAAGAAUGGCUCAUCAAGAAGCUUGCGGGCUGCACUUUGGAGAUUUGCUGAGCUGGCUCACCUUGUCCGUCCACAGAAGUGUAGGCCAUAUCUUGUGAAUCUACUUCCCUGCCUGGCUAGGAUCAGCAAGCGAUCGGAAGAAUCUGUACAGGAGACACUGGCUGGUGCUGUGCCAAAGAUCAUGGCAGCUUUGGGCAACUUUGCCAAUGAUGGUGAAAUCAAGAUGCUGUUGAAGACCUUUAUUGGGAACCUUAAAUCAAGUUCUCCAACCAUGCGUAGAACUGCAGCCAGCUCUGCUGUUAGCAUCUGUCAACAUUCGAGAAAAACCCAGUACUUCUAUACCUGGCUUUUGAAUGUGAUCUUGGGCUUUUUGGUCCCUGUGGAAGAAGAUCGGCCUACUCCACUUAUUCUGGGUGUAAUGCUCACCCUGCGAUACUUGAUGCCUUUACUGCGGCAACAAGUGAAGGACACCAGCCUGCGGGGCAGUUUUGGUGUGACUAGGAAAGAGGCUGAAAUCUCCCCUUCCUUGGAGCAGCUCGUACAGGCAUAUGAAUUGACGCUACACUACACCCAACACAGGGACCACAAUGUGGUAACAGCAGCCUUGGAGAUGCUGCAACAACUGUUCCGUACCCCUCCUCCUGAGCUGCUCCGGGCCCUGACCACUGCUGGCAGCAUAACCAGAGUUAGCAUUGCGCGAGACGACACCUCAAAUCGGGUUCGCAGCGGCAGUAUAGUGGAGCUAAUAGCUGGAGGGACUUCUCCAUGCAGUCCUGUUAUCCUCAGGAAGCAGAAAGGCAAAAUGGUUUCUGGAGAGGAGGAUGGACUUGAAGAUGAUGCAGAGACCCGGUCAGAAGUCAGCACAACCACUUUUCCAGGUUCAAUGAAUAGCGAAGGAACAGGUGAUGUGCCGUCAUCUUCGGGUGCUUCUACCUUGGGGUCAACAAGCCCCGUGGCUGAUUCUGCAGGGCACGACAUCAUCACUGAGCAACCACGUUCUCAGCAUACACUGCAGUCUGCAGAGUCUGCCGAUCUCAAUAGUUCAGCAACGUCGGACCUGACAGUGGAGGGAGUGGUCGAUGAAGUGCUGAGCCGAAGUUCCAGCCAGAUUAGCACCAUCCAGUCAGACACCAAUCCAGACCUGAACGACAGGACCAAUCAGACUACGUCUCCGCUCAGUGAGAGCUCACAGACCACCGAGGGCCCAGAUUCGGCUGUGACCCCGUCGGACAGUUCAGAACUUGUAAGUGUGCAGCAUUCUGAGGGGGUAUCCCAGUCCUCCACUGAGGGUCCCGACAUCUCUCUCAGCUCCCACGUAGAGGUCCCAGACUUGGAUACUACCACUUUCUCUUCAGCUAGUAGCAGUGAAAAGGUACUCGAUGGGACGGAGAGUCACUAUUCAGCAAUGCAGAUUGGACAACUUCAAGAUGAGGAGGAGGAUACCUUAAACACCACAGGAGAUGUACUUCUAGAAGGCUUCACAUCUUCCACUCUAACAGUAAACAAAUCUCAUUUGUUAAGUCACAUGGGCCACAGUCGGCAAUCUUCUGACAGCAGUGUUGAUCGUUUUGUGUCGAAGGAUGACUGCGUUGAGUCAGCAGAUCUUGAAACCAAGCCUUGCCGGAUAAAGGGAGACAUCGGCCAUUAUACUGAUGAGAAUGCGGCACCUUUAGUCCAUUGUGUUCGUCUCCUUAGUGCAUCAUUUCUUUUAACUGGUCAGAAGAAUGGUCUUAUCCCUGAUAGAGAGGUCAGGGUGAGUGUAAAAGCAUUGGCAGUAAGUUGUAUUGGAGCAGCCAUUGGACUUCAUCCUGAAGCUUUCUUCAACAAACUGUACAGGACUUCACUUGAAGUUUUAGAGAUUCAAGAAGAACAGUGCAUAUCAGAUAUUUUGAAAUAUGUCAACCAUGGGGAUCCACAAAUAAGAGGUGCCACGGCACUCCUCUGUUCAACAUUUAUUCACUCAGUUCUGACUAAGACUCGAUUUAAUCCAGAAAAUUGGCUUGCUGCUGUACGAGGCGCUACAGGCUAUGGCGUCACUUUGGAGGACUGUGUGCCUUUACUCCAGAAAACCCUGAAGGAUAAGUCAUCUGUAACUUGCAAAAUGGCUUGUGCUGCAGUAAGGCAAUGCAUCACGAGCCUGUGCAACAGCAGCUACAGUGAGCUGGGAUUACAACUCAUUAUUGACCUCCUGAACUUGAAAAAUAAUUCUUACUGGUUGGUGAGGACCGAGCUGUUAGAAACACUGGCCGAGAUGGACUUCAGGUUAGUAAGCUUCUUGGAAAGGAAAACAGUAGAACUUCACAGAGGUCAUCAUCACUACACUGGGAUGCUGAAACUUCAGGAGCGAGCCAUCAAUGACGUUAUUAAUCUACUUGGAGAUGAAGAUCCACGGGUACGGCACGUGGCGGCUACGACCCUCGUUAGGCUUAUUCCCCGGUUAUUUUUUGACUGUGAUCAGGGACAGUCGGAUCCAGUGGUAGCAGUAGCCAGAGACCAAAGCAGUGCCUAUCUGCAGCUUCUCAUGCAUGAGACCCAAUCAACUUCUCACUUUGCAGUGAGCGCUAUCACCAGAACAUACAGAGGAUUCAACAUUUCACAGAGUACCACAGACGUGACGAUAGAGAAUAAUCUCUCCCGUGUUAUCACUGCAGUAUCUCAUGCAUUAACUUCAUCCACUUCUCGAGCCCUUAUACUUGGUUGCUGUGAGGUGUUGUGUUUGCUGUCCAUGAACUAUCCUGUGUGUAAUUGGAGCAUCGGCUGGCACUGUGGGUAUACAACCAGCAGUUCACAAGCGUCCAGAGUCCAUCUCUACAAGAACAGGGGGCGUUCAUUCAGUUUAUCUCAGAACAGUCCAACCGAUGAUUCCCGCAAAAGCUGUACUGUGGGGAUGGUCAAUAUGGUACUGUCUCUACUUUCUUCAGCCUGGUUUCCUUUGGAUCUUUCUUCUCAUCAAGAUGCCUUAAUAUUAUCUGGAAACUUGCUGGCUGCCAUUGCUCCUAAAUCUCUGAAGAAUCCCUGGGCCAAUGAAGAUGAUACCAGUGCAACCACCAAGCUUGAAGAGCCAUGGCCUGCCUUGGCUGACAGGACAUUGGUGGGGAUGGUAGAGCAGCUGUUUUCUCAUUUGAUGAAGGUCAUCAACAUUUGUGCACAUGUGAUUGAUGAUGUUGCACCCGGCCCCGUACUGAAGGCAACUCUACCAUCACUUUCGACCACUCCAUCACUCAGCCCUAUCAGACGCAAGACGAAGGAGAGGGAGUCAUCAGAACAGACAGCUGCACCCAUGAGUCCCAAAAAAAGUACUGAAUCUAGUCCAGCUGCCAGGCCUGCAGAUGCUGUCGGUACUGCACCAGCCAACAAGUCCACCUCGCUGGGCAGUUUUUACCACCUGCCUCCUUAUCUGAAGCUGCAUGAUGUUCUGAAGGCUACGUACGCAAACUACAAGGUUACUCUGGACCUUCAGAACAAUAACGAGAAGUUUGGCAGCUUCUUACGGGCAGCUUUGGAUGUUCUGUCUCAGCUUCUAGAGAUUGCGACACUUCCAGACAUUGGGAAGUGUGUAGAAGAAAUCCUUGGCUAUCUGAAGUCCUGUUUCUGCAGGGAACCCAUGGCAGCCACUGUCUGCGUACAGCAGCUAUUGAAGACACUGUUUGGGACAAACCUUGCGUCGCAAUACGAUGGCUACUCCUCCCACCCCAGCAAGUCGCAAGGAAAGGUGCAGCGGCUGGGCUCAUCCAGUCUGAGACCCGGGCUUUACCACUACUGCUUCAUGGCGCCGUACACCCACUUCACGCAGGCACUGGCUGAUGCCAGUCUCAGGAACAUGGUCCAAGCAGAACCUGAGCAGGACACAUCUGGUUGGUUUGAUGUACUGCAGAAGGUUCCUUCACAACUGAAGGUUAGCAUGACGAAUGUAACAAGGCAUCGAGCUGAUAAGAAUACAAUACACAACUACAUCCGGCUCUUUGAGCCUCUGGUCAUCAAGGCUUUGAAGCAGUAUACCACGACCACAUCAGUUCACCUGCAAAGACAAGUGCUUGACUUGUUGGCCCAGCUUGUACAGCUCAGGGUGAACUACUGCCUGCUUGACUCUGAUCAGGUAUUCAUCGGGUUUGUUCUGAAGCAGUUCGAAUACAUAGAAGUGGGCCAAUUCAGGGAAUCCGAGGCUAUCAUUCCAAACAUAUUUUUCUUCCUGGUCUUGUUAUCAUACGAGCGCUAUCACUCCAAACCAAUCAUUGGAAUUCCCAAAAUUAUCCAACUGUGUGAUGGGAUAAUGGCCUCUGGUCGGAAAGCGAUUACACAUGCAAUCCCAGCGCUCCAGCCGAUAGUACACGAUCUGUUUGUUCUGCGAGGGACCAAUAAAGCCGAUGCUGGCAAGGAAUUGGACACACAGAAGGAGGUGGUGGUUUCUAUGUUGCUGAGGCUCAUCCAGUACCACCAGAGCUGCAAUAAACAUCUUGAAAUGGUGCUGGAGAUGUUGAUUCUGGUGUUGCAGCAGUGUCACAAAGAGAACGAAGAUAAGUGGAAGCGCCUUUCUCGUCAGAUAGCUGACAUGAUUCUACCGUUGCUGGUUAAACAGCAGAUGCACCUUGAUUCACACGAGGCCUUGGGAGUACUGAACACCCUGUUUGAGACGGUGGCACCCUCAUCACUGCGACCUGUUGACAUGUUGCUGAAGAGUAUGUUUGCUAUGCCAGCCACCCUGGCGUCAGUCGGAACUGUUCAGCUUUGGAUAUCCGGCAUCCUUGCUAUCUUGCGGGUUCUUAUUUCUCAGUCCACUGAGGAUAUUGUCCUGUCGCGGGUUCAAGAACUGUCCUUGUCUCCAUAUUUGAUUUCCUGCCAGAAUAUAAGUGGGUUGAGGGACCCAGGGAAUCAAACUGUACCAACAGAGGAGCAAGACGAAGAGAUACAGAACAAACAUCUGCCAGAAGAAACGUUUGCAAGGUUCCUGCUGCAGCUGGUGGGCAUACUCCUCGAGGAUAUUGUGAACAAACAACUGAAGGUGGAUAUGAGUGAGCAGCAGCACUCCUUUUAUUGUCAGCAGGUUGGCACUUUGCUGAUGUGCCUAAUACACAUCUUCAAGUCAGGAAUGUUUCGAAGAAUCACCGCAGCUGCCACUAAGUUGAUCAUGGGGAAUGGCUGUGAUGGGAACUUCUACACACUGGAGACCUUGAACAACUUGGUUCAGACCAUCAUUCCCACUCAUCCAUCUCUAGUGCUUCUUUGGUGCCAGAUUUUGCUGCUUGUUAACUACACAAAUUACAGCUGGUGGUCAGAGGUGCAUCAGACACCAAAGAGACACAGCUUGUCCAGCACUAAGCUGCUGAGUCCUCAGAUAUCUGAAAACGGAGAUUCCAAAUCAGUUUCCAAAUUGGGCAUGUGCAAUAGGGAAAUUGUUCGAAGAGGAGCUCUCAUUCUUUUCUGUGAUUAUGUGUGUCAAAAUCUUCAUGAUUCGGAGCAUUUGACCUGGCUGAUCGUCAAUCACGUUCAAGAUCUCAUCAACCUUUCUCAUGAACCUCCGGUACAAGACUUCAUCAGUGCUAUUCAUCGCAAUUCUGCUGCCAGUGGGCUUUUCAUUCAAGCUAUCCAGUCUCGGUGUGACAAUCUUGCGACACCAACCAUGUUAAAGAAGACACUGCAGUGCUUGGAGGGAAUCCAUCUCAGCCAGUCAGGAGCAGUCUUGAUGCUGUACAUUGACAAGCUCAUCAGUACUCCUUUCCGAGUGCUGGCACGGAUGGUGGACACACUGGCCUGCCGGCGAGUUGAGAUGCUUUUGGCUGAAAGUUUGCAGAAUAGUGUGGCCCAAGUACCACGUGAAGAGUUGGAAAGGAUUCAGCGGUAUCUGCAGACCACUUGCCUUGCGCAAAGACACCAAAGAUUGUAUUCGCUGCUGGACAGGUUCCGGGCGACUGUUGCAGCAGACACAGUGAGUCCGUCUCCAAAUGUGACCUCUCACCCGCUGGACGGGGAGAAGCUGUCUGCCAUGGAAUCCAUCACUGUGGACAAAGACUGGUACGUAUCACUUAUCAAAUUCCAAUGCUGCAACCACUCAAAUGCAGCUCUGAUGGAGUGUACCGAAUUACUUGAUAAACUUCCUGAAGAUGACCUCCACUCUGUCAUGACAACUAAGGAUUUCAACUUGAACCUUCUGACACCUUGUUUGGCAUUGGGCUUGCAAGGAAUCUGUGCAGACCAGGCAAGUGUGCUGUUCGAAACUGCUCGGAAAGUUACCUUGGAUCGUGUGGCAUUCCACGUCCAGCAUCUUCCCAGCAACCAUCAAGUGUUCCAAAGCCAGUGUCCUUUGCCCAGUUCCUCCUAUUGGAAUAAGAUUGGUGAGCUUUAUGGCGAUGUGCUGUUCUAUCAUUCUGUCAUUAGCCUGUGUAAUGCAUUAGCCCAGUAUCUUCUGUCCCUUCCCAAGCUACCACCAUCUCUGCAGAUUCCUGCUGACAAGGAGGCUGACAUUGCCAGUUUCAUGGUCUUGUCUUUAGAGGCUCUGUGUUGGCACUUGCUGCAUGACCAGAUUCCUCUAAGUCUAGAUCUACAAGCUGCUCUGGAUUGCUGCUGUUUAGUCCUACAACAGCCCACCAUUUGGAACUUGAUGGCAUCUGCUGCCUACGUAACUCAAGCCUGCUCAGUUAUCAACUGCAUACGGUUCAUCAUUGAAGCAAUGGCUGUGGAACCAGGAGAGCAUCAUCUUCUUCAUGAGGAGAGGAGAAAAUCAAAUACUGACAGGGCUGCAGCAGAAGAUGAAGAGAGUGCAAAUGUGUCUGAGAGAUCCAGGUGCAUUACAAAGGCCUGCAAUGUGAUGACUGAGAUGGUGGAGUCUCUCCAGACAGUGUUAUGCUUUGGACAUGCCAGCAACAAUCGAAUCCCAGCAUUUCUGAACCCAACGCUCCGGAAUAUUGGUAUUAGUCUAGCCAGGCUGCCUCUAGUCAAUAGUUACACUCGAGCUCCUCCACUGGUUUGGAAAUUGGGGUGGUCACCUCAAUCCGGGGGUGAAUUUGGUACAACUCUUCCUGAAAUUCCAGUGGAGUUCCUUCAGGAGAAAGAAGUCUUUAAGGAGUUCAUCUACAGAAUAAAUGUUCUUGGGUGGACUAGCCGCACUCAGUUUGAAGAAACCUGGGCCACCCUUCUUGGUGUGCUUGUGACUCAGCCUCUAGUGAUGGAUCAGGAAGAUGAGGUCCCACAAGAGGAGGAUACAGAGAGAACCCAGAUUAACAUCCUUGCAGUGCAAGCAAUAACAUCUUUGGUACUAAGUGCUAUGUCGAUUCCAGUGGCAGGGAAUCCAGCUACGAGCUGUCUUGAGCAUCAGCCCCGUAAUAAAGCUCUGAAGGCUCUGGACACCAGGUUUGGAAGAAAACUGAGUGCCAUUCGGGGAAUAGUGGAGCGAGAAAUCCAAGCAAUGGUAUCAAAAAGAGACAACAUAGUUUCACAGUACCCUUACCAAGCCUGGGACCCUGUUCCACCUCUCUCCCACUCAACAUCAGGAGUCCUGAUAAGCCAUGAGAAACUUCUGCUGCAGAUAAACACAGAACGGGAAAUGGGGAAUAUGGAUUACAAACUGGGUCAGGUCUCCAUUCAUUCGGUUUGGUUGGGAAACAACAUAACUCCCCUGAGGGAAGAGGAAUGGGAUGAAGAUGAAGAAGAUGAAAGUGAUGUUCCGGUUGCAUCCUCGCCUCCCACUUCACCAGUUAAUUCCAGGAAGCAUCGAGCUGGGGUUGAUAUUCAUUCCUGUUCUCAGUUUCUGUUGGAACUCUACAGUCAGUGGAUCCUUCCUGUAAACACUGGCAAGAAAACCCCUGUUGUUCUGGUCAGUGAGGUGGUAAGAUCGCUUUUGGCAGUCUCGGAUUUGUUUACGGAGAGGACGCAGUUUGAGAUGAUGUACAGCACUUUGACGGAGCUUCAGAAGAUCCACCCAGCAGAAGAUGAGAUUCUAAAUCAGUAUCUGGUACCUGCCAUCUGCAAAGCAGCAGCUGUUCUGGGCAUGGAUAAAGCCAUUGCAGAGCCAAUAAGUCGGCUGUUGGAGACCACAAUGCGCAGUACUCACAUGCCGUCUCGAAUCGGAGCACUGCAUGGAGUCCUCUACAUCCUGGAGUGUGAUCUGUUGGACGAGACAGCUAAGCAGCUCAUUCCAACCAUUUGUGAUUACCUGCUGUCCAACCUGCGUGGAAUAGCACAUUGUGUCAACAUCCACAAUCAACAGCAUGUGUUGGUGAUGUGUGCAACGGCUUUUUACCUGAUUGAGAACUACCUGCUUGAUGUGGGGCAUGAAUUUACUGCAGGCAUAAUACAGAUGUGUGGAGUGAUGGUCUCUGGCAGCGAGGAAUCCACCCCUUCUAUCAUCUAUCACUGUGUCUUGCGUGGAAUGGAACGACUUCUUCUUUCAGAACAGCUAUCGCGCUUGGAUGGAGAGGCCCUGGUAAAACUCAGUGUGGAUAGAUUAAACAUGCACAGUCCACACAGGGCCAUGGCUGCCCUGGGAUUGAUGCUAACCUGCAUGUACACAGGCAAAGAAAAGAGCAGCCCCGGUCGAAGUUCAGAAGCUGACCCCACGGCUCCUGAUAGCGAGUCUGUCAUUGUGGCGAUGGAGCGGGUUUCUGUUCUCUUCGACAGAAUUCGGAGAGGUUUCCCUUGUGAGGCGCGGGUUGUCGCACGGAUCCUGCCACAGUUCCUCGAUGACUUCUUUCCACCUCAAGAUGUGAUGAACAAGGUUAUUGGGGAAUUUAUUUCCAAUCAGCAGCCCUACCCACAAUUCAUGGCCACAGUCGUUUACAAGGUUUUUCAGACCUUGCAUAACACUGGACAGUCUUCCAUGGUGAGGGACUGGGUAAUGUUGUCACUUUCAAACUUCACGCAGAGAACCCCGAUAGCGAUGGCCAUGUGGAGCCUGUCCUGUUUCUUCGUCAGUGCAUCAACCAGCGCGUGGAUUUCAGCUCUCCUCCCCCAUAUCAUCAGCCGAAUGGGUAAAUCUGAACAAGUGGAUGUGAACCUCUUCUGCUUACUGGCUAUGGACUUCUACAGGAAGCAGAUUGAUGAGGAGCUGGAUCGCCGUGCCUUCCAAUCGGUGUUCGAAAUGGUGGCAACUCCCGGCACUCCAUAUCAUCAGCUCUUGUCCUGCCUGCGAAGCAUUCACCAGGUUGCUCAGUUCUGAUUUUCAGCGUCAACAGACUUGGCACGUGGAGAGAACUUCGUAAACACAACGGCAUACACAGUGGGACAGGUCGCCAGAGUUCAUUUGCAACAAACUCAGUAUUCUCAAGUCACUCUCCCAGCAUGUUCCUUCCAAAUGUUCCAACUCUUUCAGCUACUUGUUGUAAUGUGGUUGUAUGUCUAAUUUAGUGCAUAUAAUCACAAAACAUUAAUCUUCUCAGGAUGUAAGAUGUGGUAAUAUAAGUAAAAUUUGUCUUUUAACCGAAGAUUUAUAUAUCAUGUAAAAUAUGUAUGAUUGUAAAACUGGUGAUGCAUGAAUUUACCCCAUGAUUUGCAAUGAACAAAACCACUAUGUUGAAUGUCUUCUACGUCUGUCUGUCCUUGGCUGUGGAUGGAGUCUGAAUGUGGUUUAAAAACAGGUGUGAUUGCGAUGUGUGAGCGAAUAUUUAUUUUCAUUUGGUGUGGGCCCAUAAUGCAUCAUUGAUUUCGGUUUCCAUCAAACAGCAUUUGAUUUCUUUAACGAAAUAGUGUCUCUAUGUACUAUAAAAAGAAAAAUAUAUUUAUUAUUAGCUGUGAAGUUAAAGACAUAUCAUGAUGUGGUAUUCAGGUCUUCUUUGAAGAAAGAGCAAAAUGAACCAAUUCUAUCAAGGUGACAUAUUCCAUGGAAAAUGAAACGUAGCAUAUGUGGAUUUGGUAUUAUGAGGUUUAAACAUUAAAGCAAGUCAGAGUUUAGAAGUAUUCAACAUCUCAGUUCAAGAGCCCUUGUUCAAAUUAGUCAUUUCCCAAAUCUGAAUUUUUUUUUUCAAAUCAGAGGUUUGAAGUGCAGUUGAGCAGGUAAAUUAAUAAGAUUAGACUGAUCAUGCACCUUGAUUUAAAUCAAUUAUAUAAUUCCAUUUUUGAUGUGUUGAAACAGAAUCAGCCAUAGAAAUGCUUCAAUAAAGCAAUAAUCUUGUUUUAUAUAUAGGAUUUGUAGUGCUGUUGCUAUACAAAUAGGGUACUCCCAUGUUUUGUUGAGGUGUAAGUGUGUGAAUACAUCUUUUCAUCUCCUCUUCCGCAUGUCUAAUACUGGGGCGGACACUUGCUUGGUUGCACAUGAUGAUGAGAUUGAAUGAAAUGGCAGGGCCACCAGGUUCAUUUGAGUAAAAUGCAGUUAACCUACUAGAUGUUUGGGGGUGGGGUGGGAAGGGGAAGGGGAAGAAGCUUGAGUUUUCAUUGUAGUUUCCAGAUUUAACGCUGUACAAUCUUGUGCUUCUGUCAUGUUCCGGCAGUGUGGUUUAAAUAUUGGCAACAACAGUAUCUAACAACCUUAGAACUCAGCCAACAGGAUAAGUUCUUAUCACACAGUGGAGAAUUACUCAUGGUAUAAUAUUGUGACAACUUCCUGACACUGAGUGACACACUGUCUGUGUCCCGUGUUAGACUGUGUCUCUGCUGUUUUUCUUAAUUUAUAUAUCUCUUCUAUAAAGGCUGAACAGACUGUCAAUAGUAACACAGGUACAGUGGAGCUGCUUCAAAAUUCACAGACACUCAAUCUGACAAAUGUUUAUACAAUGGCUAUGACGGACACAUGGCUAGAGCCCUUGUAUUAAGUGUUAGUCCUCAUAGUACCGUUAAAACUUGGCUAAAAUGUUGCAUUUUAAUUCUUAAUGACUUAAUUUGCACUUUGAAAAAUAAAAGGACUUACUGAAACAGAA